ACAGCAACAAAGGCGAACAGGCAGCAACUAUUGAGAUCUGGUUCAAAGUAAAGCAACAAAGAGGGAAAUACAGCAACGAUGCCUCAAAAUGAGUAUAUGGAAAGAUUCUCCAAACAGCAUGGCAAGCGUUUCGACUACGAGGAGCGCAAGCGCAAGCGCAUCGCCCGUGAAGGCCACGAUGGCUCCAAGAAGGCCCAGAACUUCCGCGGCCUACGGGCCAAGAUGUACGCCGAGAAGCGUCGCAAAGAGAAGAUUCAGAUGAAGAAGACGAUCCGCGCGCACGAAGAACGCAACGUCAAGACGUCCGAGCCCGCCGAACCCGCUACUGAAGCGCUACCCCAAUACCUCUUGGAUCGCAGUAACGAGAAGAAUGCGAAGGCGCUGUCGAGUGCUAUCAAGCAGAAGAGGAAUGAGAAGGCAGCAAGGUUCAGCGUGCCGCUGCCCUCUGUGAAAGGCAUAUCAGAAGCAGAAAUGUUCAGUGUUGUCAAGACGGGCAAAAAAACGGCGAAAAAGGCCUGGAAACGCAUGAUCACGAAGCCAACUUUCGUCGGCCCCGGCUUCACACGACGACCUGUGAAAUUCGAGCGCUUCAUCAGACCAAUGGGGUUACGCUAUAAAAAGGCAAAUGUGACACAUCCACAACUCAACGUAACGGUGCAGCUCCCCUUGAUCUCAAUCAAGAAGAAUCCACAGAGUCCUCUUUACACGCAAUUGGGUGUGCUUACGAAAGGAACGAUCAUCGAGGUGAAUGUAUCUGAACUGGGGUUAGUCACAACAGGUGGAAAAGUUGUUUGGGGACGCUAUGCUCAAGUCACAAACAACCCUGAAAACGAUGGCUGCUUAAACGCUGUCCUGUUGGUGUAAAGCUGUCCGGCCCAGGAAAUUGAAUGCAUUGUAUGGCGUUACGGUCGGCCAAUUCUUAAGGCGUUCGGGUGAACACGAAAAGAUCACAGAGCUUGCGAGGCAGAACAAAGCUAGCCGAUCAUGAAACUUCUAAAUUGCGACGGGAGACGUAUGAUAGACAUAUGACAGAGU